AUGCCUUCGGAAAAGAAACUCGAUAGUCCUGUAACCGAUAUGCGGAGGGACAGCGAUGUCGAGAAUAUGGCUGGAACAGUCGUGGAGUCUCACGAGCUGAGACAGGGCCUACAUCAACGACAUAUCCAGAUGAUUGCCCUGGCAGGCACAAUUGGCACUGGCUUGUUCCUGAGCUCUGGUCGAGCCAUUGCCUAUGCUGGCCCGCUCGGUGCGUUCCUGGCAUAUCUUAUAAUUGGCUUGGCUGUCUCGAGUGUUGUCUGUGGCGUUGGCGAGAUGGGUGCUCUGGCACCUCUCAGUGGUGGUGUAAUUCGCUACGCCGAGCUCUUCUGCGACCCUGCUCUUGCAUUUGCCAACGGAUGGAAUCAAGUCUACUCAUACAUGGUUUCCAUCCCCGCCGAGGUCGUCGCGGCGGCCGUCAUCAUCGAAUACUGGGUCACCAUCAACAGCGCCAUCUGGAUCACUGUGCUUGGCAUCCCCAUGAUUGUCAGUUCGCUGCUGGCUGUGCGCAUUUACGGCGAGCUCGAGUUCGGCUUCUCCAUAAUCAAGAUCAUGCUCAUUGUUGGCGUCAACAUUAUGGCUCUGGUCAUCACCUGCGGUGGCGGUCCAAACGGCGAGGCCAUUGGCUUCGAGUACUGGAAAAGUCCCUACGGGCCCAUGGUUCAGUACCUCGGCAUUGCUGGGUCUCUUGGUCGGUUCUUAGGCUUCUGGAAGACACUGAACAAUGCUCUUUACGCAUACUCCGGCAUCGAGAACAUCACACUGGCUGCGGCUGAGACGAGGGACCCUCGUCGGUCUAUACCCAUGGCUGCCAAACGUAUCUUCAUCCGUAUCGGCCUCUUCUACGUCGUGACCAUCUUCAUGAUUGGCCUGGUCGUCCCGUCCACCGACAAAAAGCUAGUACCAUGGACGGGAGACGCUUCCAUGUCACCAUUUGUCAUUGCUGCCCAAAACGCAGGCAUCAAGGCUGUGCCGUCAAUCGUCAACGCUGUUGUGCUCACUUCGGCAUGGUCAGCGGGCAACUCCAACAUGCUCGGCGGUUCCAGAAUCCUGUACGGAAUGGCAGCUCAAGGCCAAGCCCCGUCCAUUUUCCUGCGCAUCAACAGAUUCGGUAUCCCCUAUAUCGCUGUCUCCCUGUAUGGCCUAUUCAUGGCCCUGGGAUACAUGACCCUGUCCGACUCGGCUAGCACGGUCUUCACCUGGCUGCAGGAUCUUGUCUCCAUCUCAACCCUGGUCAACUGGAUUACCAUCUGUAUAGUCUAUGUCCGCUUCGUCCACGCCUGCAACAAGCAAGGGAUCGAUCGUCAAAAAGAACUCCCUUGGGCCGCUCCUUUCCAGCCCUAUACGACUUACGCCUCUCUUGUCUUAUUUGUGCUGCUUUUCUUCACUGGCGGCUUCACGACCUUCAUUCAUGGCCAAUGGGAGAUUGAGUCGUUCAUUUCAAACUACUUCAAUUUGCCCUUCACUCUGAUCAUGUAUUUCGGUUAUAAGCUCUGGUUCAAGACCAAGAUCAUUCCAUUGGAAGACGUUCAACUUCGUCAUUUGAUCGAUCGUUACGAGGGUGAGCCGAGGGUAGAAUUGAAGCCGAGGCGAGGGCUGGCAAAGCUGAACUUUCUGUGGUCUUGA